AUGCACAUCCAAAGUAUCCCCAUGUGGGAGGGCAGCGGGAAUAACUACGCAUAUCUUGUGACGGAUGAGAAGUCCAAGGAUGCUGUGAUUAUUGAUCCGGCGAAUCCAUCAGAAGUUCUACCAUCGCUCAAGAAAGCUGUCGAUGGUGGCUCGAAGAUCACGAACAUCAUCAAUACCCACCAGUAA